AUGGAGACUCUUUCGGUCUUCCUUGAUGUUCCAUUAGCCAAAGCAACAGAUAUUCCCUUGGAUGUCUACAGGCUAGAUCCUUCACCCCAAAAAGUGUGCCUUGGCAAUGCAGGCUGCCAGACCGAUGAUGCAGAAAUAAUCUGGAUACCACCAGUCGUGCAACGAAUUCUGCUGCAGAUCCCCCAAGACCCGACACUGGACCAUGAAUACCUCCCAGAGCUUGGCAUGGUGGAAUUCACCAAAGCAGCCAUGGAACUAGUUAUUGGCAAGAACAGUCGUGCACUCUUAGAAAACAGGGCAGGUGGUGUCCACACGAUAGGUGGGACAGGCGCAGUGUGGAUAGGAGCUGAAUUUCUGCGCCGUUGGUACAAGCCCAGGGAUUUAACUUCAGCGACUGUCUAUAUUGAAAUAUCACAAUUGGGCAGUCUCGGUUCGAUCUUCAAAUAUGCCGGCUUUACAGACAUUCGUACGUACCAUUACUGGGAUCCCAUCAAAUUGGCAGUUGACACUGAAGGGUUCCUGAAGGAACUGCAGGAUGCACCAGAAGGCUCUGUUGUGUUCAUCCACGCCCCUGAAGAAACUGGCCUGGCACCCGAACAGUGGGGAAAAGUUGCAGCUGCGAUGAAGGAAAGGCGUCUCUUCCCCUUUUUCGACAUCGCAGCUCAAGGACUGGCUUCGGGAAACUUAGACAGAGAUGCUUGGGCAUUGCGUCACUUUGUGGAUGAAGGUUUUGAGCUGCUGUGUGCCCAGUCCUUUUCCAAAAUAUUCGGCUUAUAUGAUGAGCGGGUGGGCAACCUCAUUGUGGUGACGAAAAACAAUGAGAUGCUGAUCAGAAUCCACUCCCAGAUAGCCAAGCAAAUAACCAUGACCUGGCUUGGCCCCACCAGCUUGGGGGGACGGGUCAUUGCGAUGGUGCUGACCAGCCCUGCCCUGCUGUAUGAGUGGAAACAGAGUCUCCGGACGCUAGUAAAGAGGAUUAUGCUGAUCAGAGAGAAACUGAAAGAGAAGCUGCGUAUCCUGGGGACACCAGGUUCCUGGGAACAUCUUACAGAGCAGUCAGGAGUAUAUAGCUUCAUUGGGCUCCUCUCUUCCCAAGUGAAGUACCUGGAAAAGCACAAACACAUCUACCUCCUUCCAAACGGGCAGAUCAACAUCUGCAGCAUCAACUCCAAGAACCUGGAGUAUGUGGCUCAAAGCAUCCAUGAAGCAGUUGUGGCCACUACUCUUCAAGACCACAGUCACAGCAUGGAGAAGGUUGACUAA